AUCUCAUUCAAGAACAACGAACAGCACAACGAACUCUCAGACUCUCUCCAAUCGCUCUUAGCUCUUUUACAUCGAGAGUAACUGCAAUAGAUAUUUUAUGACCGAGACCCCAAUUGACAAACCCAAUUGCCAAUUGCGGUUGCAAGUUUUUUCUUGGCCGACGAUAAAAUCUGACCCCGCGCGGCUUGCGCGAUUGUGAAUCUUGAAUUUUUAACGACAACAUGGAUCUCGUCAAUCACCUCGAAGGACGAUUACUUUUCGCCGUGCCCAAAAAGGGCCGCCUCCAACAAGCAACCCUAGACCUCCUCUCCGGGUCCGACAUCCAAUUCCGGCGCGAAACCCGCCUCGACAUCGCCCUCGUGAAAAACCUGCCCAUAGCACUCAUCUUCCUCCCCGCCGCCGACAUACCUACUUUUGUCGGUGAAGGACGCGUCGAUCUCGGUAUUACGGGUAGAGACCAAGUAGGCGAACACGACGCCGCUCUGCCCGAAGGCGAGGAAUCCGGUGUCACUGAAAUCCUUGACUUGGGUUUUGGAGGGUGUAAAUUGCAGGUACAAGUUCCCGAAAAGGGCGAUAUUACAGAUUCGAAACAACUGGUGGGUAGGAAUGUUGUGACCAGUUUUACGGCGUUGGCGACACAGUUUUUCGCAGGGUUGGAGGGGGUGAAUGAAAAGUCAAAGGGGGAGUUGAAGACUAAGAUUAAGUAUGUUGGCGGGAGUGUGGAGGCGGCUUGUGCGUUGGGUGUUGCGGAUGGUAUUGUUGAUUUGGUCGAAUCCGGCGAGACGAUGAAAGCAGCUGGUCUCAAGGCUAUUGAUACCGUUGUUCAGAGUACGGCUGUCCUAAUCAAGUCGAAAAACACCAAGAACGAGCUCGUGGAUUUGAUCGCCAGUCGUAUCCGCGGUGUCAUUGACGCCCAGAAAUAUGUCCUAUGUCAAUACAACAUCCCCCGCGACAGAAUCGCUAUCGCCUCAAAAGUCACACCUGGAAAGCGUGCGCCAACUGUCACUGCACUCGAACAAGCGGAUUGGGUUGCGAUUAGUGCCAUGGUUGAGAAGAAGAAGAUUGCCACUGUGAUGGAUGAGUUGACUACUGUCGGGGCUACGGAUAUUUUGGUUCUGAAGAUUGAGAAUACUCGGUCUGGUUAGAUUGGAUAAAAGCUGUCCUGGAUUUACGCGUGGCAGCUUACGAAAACUGAUUAUAGACCAAAUAUAAAGAAAUUGGACAUGUACCUUGAUUGA